CUUGUUUGAAAGACAUAAAGACUCCAUGUAGGAGACUCUGCAUUUGCACAUGCAAUGAAGGGGGCUUUAAGAGAACUGGCGAGAAGCCCUGUGCUUGUUGCAGCUAUUUUUAUAUCAGGAAUCGGAGGGACCUUUCAAUACGGCUUCAAUAUCUCUGUCCUUAACUCGCCAUCACUUUUUAUUAAAGAGCUGGUGAACAGCACCUGCCAGCAGCGUUAUGGACACUCUCUGGAGCCUUGGGAGCUGUCCCUCAUCUGGUCCUUCAUUGUGUCCAUAUAUUGCGUAGGAGGACUGGCUGGAACCCUGUAUGCUGGGCGUCUGGCAGGCAUGUAUGGAAGGAAGACAACUCUGCUUUUAAACAAUGUGGUGGCAAUCUGUGGAGCUGUCCUGAUGUUGUUAAGUAAAACCGCCCUCUCGUUUGAGAUGAUCAUGGUGGCACGUGUGCUAUAUGGCAUCAACGCUGGUGUGAGUUUGACUGUGCAUACCAUGUAUAUAUUGGAGUGCGCCCCCAAGAGGCUGCGUGGGAUGGUUGGUGUGUCCGUGGCCUCUUUUGUCUCAAUGGGGAAGUUUUUUGGGCAGCUGCUUGGGAUCAGUGAGGUUUUAGGCACUGAGGAGCACUGGAUCUGGCUGCUGGCCUUCAGCGGGGUAACUGGUCUCCUGCAGCUACUAACGCUGCCCUUUCUCCCUGAGUCCCCGAGGUACCUCCUGCUGGAGAAGGCAGACAAACACGGCUGUGAGACGGCUCUGCGCAGGUUGUGGGGAGCUAAAAAGGACCCAGGACCAGAGAUGGAGGAGAUGUUGGCUGAACAUGCCUCCCUAAAGGGCGUGAAGAUCCACAGGCUCAUGGACCUUUUCCGCGACCACAAUGUCCGUUGGCAGCUCCUCACCGUCCUCGUCACUUUCGUCACACUGCAGCUCUGCGGCAUCAACGCUGUCUAUCUCUAUUCGUUUGAUGUGUUUCAAGCUGCCGGUAUUGCCAAGGAGAACCUGCGCUAUGCCGCCCUGGGGACGGGUCUGUGUGAAGUCUCCACCUCCAUUGGCUGUGUGCUGAUCAUUGAGAGCACAGGGAAGAGAGUGCUUCUCCUUAGGGGUUACCUGUGUAUGGCCGCCUCGCUGGCCCUGCUCACACUUACACUUUACCUUCAGAACUUUGUAUCCUGGAUGCCAUAUUGCAGCAUGGUCCUUAUUUUCACCUACAUCAUCUUCUUUUCUAGCGGGCCAGCCGGAGUGACAGCACCACUUCCUGGUGAGAUUUUCACACAGUCCUAUAAACCACCGGCGUUCAUGGUAGCCUGCAUCCUCAAUUGGACAGGACUCUUCCUUGUGGGCAUGUUGUUUCCUCUCAUAGUGAAGCAUUUGGAUUAUUUCUGCUUCCUCAUCUUUUUUGUGUUCUGCUUCUUCUCUGGUGUUUUCGUGUGGUUCCACGUGCCUGAGACAAAGAAUAAAACAGUUCUGGAGAUCACAGAGGCCUUUAAGAAAAUGCACCUGAAACGCAGACACUCACAACAGUCCAAACUGAGCUCAGUACAAAUAAAUAACAUCCAGACCACCAUAUCUACCAAGCUUUAGCGCAAAUCAGAAGCUGACCAAUAAAAAGUCAUUUUACACCCAGUGUUCGUUGAUGGCUGAUGACUGUGUGGUUUGUUUGGCUAUUCUGUUGGUGGCAUCAGGCGUGUUAAACUGUAAGCCACAUCCCAUUUGUAAACUCAAAAUCCAAUUUCAAUUAGAGGCGAACUGAAUGUUGAAUCAAUAUAUUUGUACUUUGUCACGCCAAGGGACACCAAUUCAGGUUUGGCCUGAUACAGCUGCUGUGGUGCAAUGCCUUUAUUGACACUGUUCCUUAAAAGACUCUGUAGAGUGAUUAGUAAGGCUUGAGUAUCUAUUGAAUCCUCAGAGGUGUGUUGACCUUUUACCACACCUUAAAGUUAUCAAAAUAAAUAUUGGACUCCACCUCCAAUUGGACUCUGAUUAUGUAAUGUGGCAUCUCUCAUCAAUCAUAUUUAUGAGGCCCAUUGAAAUUCCUCAGAAAAUUGCCUUAGUGUUUAUACCAAGUGGCUGUGUUAUUCUUUAAUUAAAUG